AUGAGAAAACCUAAAUACAUUAAAAUCUCUCGAACUCUCCCACGAAUAACCCCCUCUCCUGUGAAACCAAAACACUCAAAGAGAAAGUUUCCGCAGAAACUGUUCCUUAUGAUAUUUGUUCCUUCAGUGGUUAUAGUAUUAUCCAUCAUAAUCAUUUUGUAUUUCUGCAUAAUAAAGAGAAAAAAGAAAGUACUGCAAAAGAAGAUUGAAGACAUCGAUGAGAUUCAAAGUGAUGAGUCUUUGCAAUUCAACUUCAGUACCAUAAGUGCCGCUACACACAACUUUUCAGAUGCUAAUAAGCUUGGGCGAGGCGGAUUUGGUACUGUAUACAAGGGUACACUCUCAGACGGACAAGAAAUAGCUGUGAAGAGGUUGUCUGUAAAUUCUGGCCAAGGUGAAGAAGAAUUUAAGAAUGAAGUUGUAUUAUUGGUCAAACUGCAACACAAAAAUCUUGUUAGAGUUUUAGGCUUCUGUUUAGAUGGGGAGGAAAAGCUUCUCGUUUACGAGCUUAUGAAGCAUGGAAGCCUCGAUCAGUUUUUAUUCGAUCCUGUUAAACGCACAUAUUUGAAUUGGGAAAGGCGAUACAAGAUUAUAGGAGGCAUUGCGAAAGGACUUCUCUAUCUUCACGAGGACUCUCGACUUAAGAUUAUCCAUCGGGAUCUAAAAGGCAGCAAUGUUUUAUUAGGAGAAGAUAUGGUCCCCAAAAUCUCAGAUUUUGGGAUGGCUAGGAUUUUCUUGGUGAACCAAAAUCAAGCCAGUACAAAACGAAUUUGUGGAACUUUUGGAUAUAUGGCUCCUGAGUAUGCAAUGCAUGGUAAAUUCUCCGUGAAAUCAGACGUCUAUAGUUUCGGUGUUUUGAUUCUAGAAAUCCUAAGUGGAAAGAGGAGUAACUCGUUUGGUGGGUUCGAAGGUGCUGAGAAUGUCCUAAGCUAUGCAUGGGGCCUUUGGAAGGAGGAGAGAUCUAUGGAAUUGUUAGAUCCAACACUAAGAGAAUGUUAUUCAGCAAAUGAAGUGAUGAGAUGCAUCCAAAUUGGUUUAUUAUGUGUUCAAGAAGAUGUAGCUAAUAGACCCACAAUGGCAUGGAUUAUUCACAUGCUCAAUAACCACUCUGUCACUCUUCCAUCACCUUUAUCACCAUCUGCAUUUUUACUGCGUGGUAAAACUGAACCCGAAAUCCAUUCUGAAGAGGCUGACAACAUAAGCGUGAAUCAGAUGUCCAUGACGGAAUUUUACCCCCGCUGA